AUGCACGAUAAGGCACGGAAGUGGACUCUUUCUUCACUUUUAGUCAUCAACCCCAUCGUCUCAACAAAGGAGACUAAAGCUCAGUCUCAUGGACAACUAGUGACAGUCGAUCCAUCACAUAUUUGCGCAAAGGCUAUCGCAGUGAUACCGUUUGUGAGUUACCAGAUAAGUUCUCGGCUGGCACACUUGAUCAGCAGUUUACUAUGGGGAAAGGAGCGCAGCUCGAGAAUACCGUCAGUGGUUGACUACGAACAAAGACAUGAGCACUUCUACGAAGACUUGAGAACAAUGAACCAGAAUCUCCAUAUGGAGUCUAGAAGCGGUUUGUGGGGGAGAGCAAAGGAGAAAGCUUCAAGAGCUAUAUCUCCUCCGAUAGUCCCGUCGCUGGUGUGUCAGUCAAAUAUUCAAGGAACCAAGAUAAACACUACACAAAGGAGGCCGCAAGGUGAGAUAGAACGUGCUGUGGAAAUAUAA